AUGGCUUCACUUCAUCACCCACAGAGGUUUUUCUUCAUCCUUAGCAUCGUCACACUUGCUUUCUCCUGGUUUGUGAAACCUAGCGAAGCUGUCUACCAUGGCUACGUACCAAGUCCAUGGACCCUUGCCCAUGCGACAUUUUAUGGGGAUGAGAGUGCAUCUGAAACCAUGGGUGGUGCUUGUGGAUAUGGAAACUUGAUAACUAAUGGAUAUGGAACGGAUACAGCUGCUUUGAGCACAACCAUCUUUAGCGAAGGUUACGCCUGUGGUCAGUGUUACCAAAUACGGUGUGUCCAAUCUCCAUGGUGCUACAAAGGAUACACCACCGUUACUGCCACCAACCUCUGCCCGCCUAACUGGUCUCAGGAUUCAAACAAUGGUGGAUGGUGCAACCCUCCCAGAACCCACUUCGACAUGGCCAAGCCUGCGUUCAUGAAAAUUGCUCAGUGGAAGGCAGGCAUUGUCCCUGUCAUGUACCGCAGAGUACCAUGCAAUGGUAUUAGAAAAGGUGGCAUUCGAUUCUCAUUUCAUGGAAAUGGGUAUUGGCUGUUGGUGUAUGUGAUGAAUGUUGCUGGAGCUGGAGACAUCAAACAGAUGUGGGUGAAAGGGACAAAGACAGGUUGGAUGAGCAUGAGUCAUAACUGGGGUGCGUCGUACCAAGCUUUUGCUACUCUUAAGGGUCAAGCCCUCUCCUUCAGAUUAACUUCAUACACCACCAAACAGACUAUCACUGCCUACAAUGUCGCCCCUGCUAACUGGAACUUAGGCUUGACAUAUCGAGGCAACGUCAACUUCCAUUGA